AUGAAAAAUUUCUUCAAAUUAAAGAACAAGAAAAAGAAAGAUGAGAAAAAUGAACAGAUUGCUGCAAAUGUGCAUGAGUGGUAUGAUUUAGCAGGAGUGUUAACUGUGUCAGAGAAUGUAGUUAAGGAUGAGUGGGUACUUGAUUCUAGAUGUUUCUACUAUAUGACACCUCAUAAACAUUACUUUCAAGAUUUUGAGAAACUUAAAAUGUGGGAAGCAUAUGCACAUAUUAGACAUGACAAGCUAGAGCUACGUGCAAGGAAAUGUAUCUUCCUUGGUUAUCUGUCUGAUGUAAAGGGUUAUAGAUUAUGGCUUCUAGAACCAAGUGAGGAACAAUGUAUUAUCAGUAGAAAUGUAAAAUUUGAUGAAUUGGAUAUGCCUUGGGAGUUGUCAGGAGAGCAAUCUGUUUCCAAUAAUAAAGCUGUAAGGAUUGAUGAUCAACUGACUGGUGAACUAUCUAUUGAACAACCUGAAUCUGUGAGUACUGAAAAUGAUCAAUCGGAAUCUAGUUUGAUUGACUACCAUGUGGUUGAGAGGUUUAAUCUUGAUGUUGCAAAGCUUGCGACUGUUCCAUUAGUCUCUCAUUCCAAAGUGUCAAGGAUUCAGUCUCCACAGGCAGAUAUAGAACUUUCAGUUAUGGCAAAGGUACCUUACUCUAAUGCAGUUGGAUGUUUGAUGUAUGGAAUGACAUGUACUCGACCUGAUUUUUCUUAUGCAAUGAGUGGUCAUUUUAUGAGUUGUCCAAUUAAAAGCCAUUGGGAAGCUGGAAAUUGGGUAAUCAGGUAUGUUAAAGGUACUAUGAACUAUGGUUUAAUGUAUACAACUGGUGAUUAUGAUGUUCCAUGUUUAGAAGGUUUUGUUGAUGCUGACUUUGCUUCAGAUUUAGAUAAGAGAAGAUCUAUAACUGGUUUUGUGUUUAAAGUGUUUGACAAUACAAUUAGUUGGAGAUCAUCUCUCCAAUCUAUGGUGGCUUUAUCUACUACAGAGUCAGAAUAUAUUGCUUUAUGUGAAUCUAUAAAAGUAACAAUUUGGUUGAAAAGAAAUAUCUGA